GAUAUAUCCGGGUAAUCGGAAGUGCGCAUGUGUAUUUACGUCCAAAAUGCGUGUCAGUUUAGAUGCGAUUUUAACCUGUUAGAAAAAAAGAAAGUAGGGAAAGUGAUCUUAAAAUAAUGGCGGAAUUCCAUCUCGAUUUGAAUAAUUCCUUAGAUAUGCGUAUAGCUGAAUUUAAAAACGAUCCCGAAAAAAUAAAAGUCGUCAAUGAAUUCUUGAACGAAAUAUUCGAGAAGGCGCAAAAAGAAGCCGAAAAAAAAAAUGGUAAACAAAAAGGAAAAUUGGACGCGUUAGGAUUCCAAAAUGGGUCUAAAAAAAUUGGAGUUUGGUCUAACAGAGCGAGAACUUCGGCGAGAUCUUUCGCAUCUAGAAUAUUCACGACUAUAUGCAAUUGCACGAAUUCGGUUAAAACUACGUUUAUUUCUAAAAAUAACGGCAAUAAUUGAUAAAAAAAUAAUACGUUUCUAAUGUAUUGAAACCCUCUUCAGGUUUUUCAUUCUUCAAAUACGAAAAUACGACUUUUCGGUUUUACUCCUUCGAUAAAAAUGUGAAUUUUUUAAGCAAUAAUUGAUGAAUGAAGAUGAAAAAAAUUGAACGAGGGUUGUUUUUAGUAAAAAUAAAAUGGUUUUCCUUUGAUGUCCUUCCAAAUGUAACCCAAGCAAAUAUUUAAAAAUGUGUGGUGAAAAAAAAUGUUUAUCAGACUUUUGUUUAGAAGAUUUUGAUUGAACUCGUAUAUUUACGAUUUCUGUAUUAUUUAAAUGCGAUUAUACUAUCAGGGUAUAUAUAAAAACGUAUUUAAGUAACUAUAUUUAAUCAAUAAUUGAUGUGACAAUCAUAAGAAAUUUCUAAAUAACAAUUUAAUCCAGUUCAAACUGAUAUUUAUCGACUUUUUCGAACGUAUUGUGUGAAAAAAUGUAUCAUUUUUUCGAUUUUGUUAAACCAAGGGUGUCUACUUAUAUUUUAUUGGCGAAAUAAAUACUAAAUAAUAUACAAAAUUAGUUGAUUUGUCUAUAUGUUUUGAUAUAAUUAUAUUGCCUCAUUUAUACCAAUAGUUAGGACGAUGCCAAUUUUUUUAUAAAGAAAAUUAUUCCUUAACUAGGUUUCUUUGAAAUUUGUAUUAAAAAUUUCCAUUAUUUUGAUCUUCAUUAAUUUUUAAAUGGUAACAAGUAUUUGAAUUCAUAUUUUCAUUCUCUGACCCCCGUAUCUCAGUUACAAUAACAUUAAGGAUAUUACCAAUUUUUUUAUGAAUAAAAUGAUUCUUAAUGUAAGUUACUGUGAAAUUUGAACUCAAUAUUUCAAAUAAUUUCGUCAGUAUGAAUUUCUAAAAGAUUACAUGUUUUCAGACUCAAAUUUUUAUACUUUGAACCCCCAUAUAUCGGUUACAGCAACAUUUACGACAUUGUUAAUUUUUUUAUGAAUAGAAUGAUCCUUGAUAUAAGUUACUGUAAAAUUUGAAUUCAAUAUUUCAAAUAAUUUGGUCAAAUGUUUUCAGAUUCAAAUUUUCAUACUUUAAGCCCCCGUAUCUCAUUUAUACCAACUUUUACGACAUCAUCGAUUUUUUUCUGAUAAAAUGAUCUUAUAAAAACAUUCCUUUGAAAUAUUAUCCCGAAAUCUUCAUUAUUUUUAUCUAUAUGAAUUUUUGAAUGAAUCAAAUCCUGUAAUCAUCAAUUCAAUUACAUUCAGGGAACAGUAAAAAAUAGGAGAGAACUUAUAAGAAAAGUAAACACUCUGGUUAAAUACUUAUUAUGAGAAUUUUAAUAAAAACUUACCCAAA